CAUAAAUCUGGGAACAGCAGCGCAGUGGAACUGUGGUUUGAAUGCAAAGUCAGACAGGUAUGUGUGUACCUUGAGCAGGCAAGCAGUAACACGUCUUUGAGGUAAAACCAGGGGGAGUACAUGGGAAACUGCUUCCAUGCCUUGGAAGAAUAAAGACUGCAUUCGUUUUUUCAUGACACGGAGAUAAAAUGAAAACCAGUGGAAAGAGAUCAUACAGAGCCGUAAAGUACACGUUAUUUGUCUGUUGCUACAUCUUCUGGGUAUUUAGUGCUGUCCUGAUUGCUGUUGGGAUCUACGCGAAAGUUGCCAAAGAAUCAGAUGUAGUGGACACGCUGAUCACAGAUCCAGCGCUGUUGUUGAUCAUCGUGGGUUCUCUCAUGUUCACCAUCACAUUCUUCGGGUGUUUUGGAGCACUGCGCAACAUCUCUGUGCUGUUGAACACGUUUGUAGGAAUAUUGUUGGCCAUUCUGCUGCUGCAAGUAACUGCUGCUGUGCUGGGCCUUCUUUUCUCUGAAAAGGUUCAAGAGAGGACAGAGCUGCUGAUGUUGAAUGCAAUUGUGCGCUAUCGGGACGAUCAGGACUUGGAAAAUGUUAUUGAUUUUGUACAGAAAAAGUUUCAGUGUUGUGGGGUGGAUUCCUAUAAAGACUGGUCUAAAAAUAUGUAUUUCAACUGUUCUGCCCCCAGCCUGGAGGCCUGUGGAGUGCCCUUCUCCUGCUGUAUACAGCACAAGAAUGAGACUGUGUUUAACUCCAUGUGUGGCUAUGAGACACAAAAGACAAAAAAUGUGGCCAGUCAUUUCAUCUACACCAUCGGCUGUCUGGAUAAAAUCGUCUGGUGGGGAAAACAGAACCUUCUGCUGGUGGGAGGGAUGACCCUUGUCCUACUUUGUCUUGAGAUAUGUAUGAUGUCACUGGCUGCAGUACAGCUCUGUCAAGUCAGAAACGUUCAAAGGAAGAAGGGGAAAGCUAACACGGGCCGAAACAUCUGUUGCAACAGAAAGUCUUGACAGUUUUUAGACACCCAUUUUUCACCAUGUGUUUGCAUUGCGAUUCAGUUAUGCGCUGCAUUAGAUAUAACCAGUAUAUAACAUGUUUCAAAUUAGAUGCUAAAAUGUGAAUGGGUCAUUCCUGCUAUGUAGUAUAUUUUCACAUCCCCAUUAUGUAUAAAUAUAUUAGAUAAAAAGAAUAUAUAAAUAUAUUUUUUAAAGAUGAUCAAAACUUUUCCUUGGGGAUAUUGUUUUAAUUGGUAAUCAAUUUACAGGGUUUUUCCUAUCUCCUCAAUAUCAUUUUCAAUAAACACAUCAUUCUCCAUGAGGAUGAGAAAAUCACAAAUUAGCAAUGGAUUUUAAGAAUUGUUUUGUUUUGUGGGGUUGGUUUGUCACACUCUGAAAUACUCAUUCAGUUUGAUAAAGUGACAGAAAUCCCUAUGACAAUAUCAACAUUUAAAAAAAAUGGUUAAAAAAUUUGUUGACACCCUCAUGUAUGUAAACUCUCAAUCCUUCACUGAGUAAUGGCUAACUUUAGCUCUUUAUUUUCAUCUUUUUAGGCUUCCAGUUAAUUUUUUAACCAUUUUGUAAAAAAAAAAAAAAAAAAAAGAAGUUAUAAUUAAAUAAUUAAUUAGGUUCUUUGUGCUGUAGCUUGACCAGAAAAUAUUUCUGAAAUCUGGUAUUAACUUUUUAUAGAAAUACUUUCUUAAAUUACAACACAAGUAUAUUUAUUUUCUAAAAUUACAGAGUUCAAAAGGUACUGCUUCUACAUAACAGGAAUGGCCCAAAUAUACUCUUUUAUCUUACUGUGAGUUACUAAGUUGAAAG